GCCGUGACACUGAACGCGUCUCGACGUCAUUCCCUGGAAAGAUCCUGACAGCGGGCUGACAUUACACCGGCGCUGUUCGGCUUGGCUCGGUUCGCUUAACGGCGCCGCCAUUUGAAUACUCGAUCUUGACCUUCCCCGCGUGCUACCGAAUCCAUGAUUGGGGGUCCGAACGCUAAACCAGAUGAUCCAGUCAGCAUCCCGGCGAGACACCGCUUUCAGUUAGCAUCAGUGUUUGUGUUGUCGCGUAGAGCGGCGGUGAGCCAUGGCUAACACCAACCCCCAUGCCAACCCCCAUGCCAACCCCCAUGCGUCACGGGCCCAGAGGAAGAUGUCCACGGUGGGGGAGAGCGUCUACAAGGUGUUGGGAUUGGAGAAAGGCGCCUCGGCCGAGGACAUCAAGAAAGCCUACAGGAAGUUGGCGCUGAAGUACCACCCGGACAAGAACCCGGACAACCCGGAGGCGGCGGAGAAGUUCAAGGAGAUCAACAAUGCUAACACCAUCCUCAACGAUGAAACUAAGAGGAAGAUCUACGACCAGUACGGCUCCAUGGGACUGUACGUGUCCGAGCAGUUUGGGGAGGAGAGCGUCAAGUAUUACUUUCUCAUGUCCAAGUGGUGGUUCAAGGCUCUGAUGCUGUGCUGCACGCUGUUCAGCUGCUGCUGUUGUUGCUGCUGCUGCUGCUUCUGCUGCGGCAGGUGUAAGCCUCCGGACGAGGACGACAGCUACCAGUACGUGGACCCCGAGGAUCUGGAGGCGCAGAUCAAAGCGGAGCAGGACAACGGCAACACAGUAAUCAUAGGCCAGCCCUCGGCCAGCGGGGGUGGCGCCCAGAUCCCGGACGGCAAAGGUCCGUCCACCCCGCUGCCCAUGCCGCCCCCGCUUGCACCCGAGUCCGAGCCCGGGUUGCAGCAAGAGGAGGAGAAGCCCCGCGAGAGCUUGCCUGAGUCAAAAUGACUCGACGAUGAAACUGGACAUCAUGAACAUCAACAGCAGCAAAGAGGAAGCCCCCCUUGUCCCCAUGCCUUGAGCGCCGGAGCACCGCCCUCAUUCCCCACGUGCCGGACCUCCUCCAAAGAAAGUUGCUUCUUCUUGUUCUUCUGUGGACCUCCUGCGUCUUUCUUCCUCCACGUCACCUCCACACGGUGUUUUAUCCCGGGAAUGAGCAGGAAAUGACGCAACACUGUUUGGGGAGCAACGGACCACUUUCCUCUUCACCUCUUUUGCGAGUCGAGGCACUGAUGGGAAUUCAAUGUGCAUGUAAUUUUUUUUAUAUCGGACUGCAUGCGCUCCGGCUCCGUAGAGUUAUGCAGAAUCUGCUCCCUUUUUGUUUUGUGCCACUCGCUACAAACAAAAGAAUCAACCAGCAAAUGGAAACAAGUCAAUGGCACGUUUCCUCCCAGGAGCUCGAUGUAGUCCGCUGACAGUCAUGCCGGCAGGUUUUCCUCUGUUGCCAUAGCAGCAAGUCUGUCAUUUCACACAAAAUAAUCACUGAAAGCUGCAAGCAGGGAUGAGACGCCCCAUUUUCAGUGGCGAAUUCUAGAAAUGAUGGGGUCAGUAGAAAUGAUCAUCCAUUUUUCAUCAAACCAGCAUUUUAAAAUGAGCCAUUGUCAUGUUGGAAAAAACAGAAGGCACAGAAACAAUUCCAAUAUUUGAGAAUAUUAGUGAGAGUCGGGUGAAAUGUUUUUUUUUUGUUAGUCAUUUUGUGUCAACAGUGUUGAAGAGCACAUUUUGAAGCCCGCUGCUAAAACUUGACAAGAUUAGACGUUUAUAAAUGUUGCUAAUUUCAAACAAUAUUGAAGAAAAAAAAAAUGCCAUUUACCUCACACAACCAAAAUUUGUCAUUUAUGACUUUAUCAAUCAGCAAAACACAUCAAAGAUGUCACUUUUAUUUUUGUUGUUGUAAAUAAUGUCAUAGAUCCGCAGAUUUUUUGACAUGUUUUUAUUCACGUGUUUCAAGUGUAAAUACUUUUUUUUUCUAAGUUAUGUGAAAAAGACAAUUUGCCAAGCGGCACUUUGCUAACCUGUUAGCCUAUCUAUGGUUAGCCCGCAGCUAUUGCUCAAGUCCCUUCAUAAUAAAAGUUGGACAACCUGUUUAGCUGAAAAAAAAAAAAAAUCUUUAACACAAUAA